AGAGCAGAGCACAGAAUCCACAGAGGGGAGAGGGAGCACCACAAUGCAAAUGAAAGCCACAACCCAAUUCAGCUCCUCCAGGAACGACAGCAACUGCACCAGCGACAGCAGGGUCAGCCAAGUCAUCUUCCCUUUGCUCUACACAUUUCUGUUCCUGGUGGGGCUCACCAUGAACGGCCUGGCAAUGUGGGUCUUCUUUAAAAUAUCCAGUAAAUCCAAUUUCAUCAUCUUCCUCAAGAACACUGUAAUUUCUGACCUGCUCAUGAUCUUGACUUUCCCAUUUAAAAUCCUCAGCGAUGCAAAGCUGGUGUCCUGGGUGCUGCGGGGCUUUGUGUGCCAGGUCACCCAGGUCGUGUUUUACUUCACCAUGUACAUCAGCAUCCUGUUCCUUGGUCUGAUAACCAUUGAUCGCUACCAGAAAGCCACGGCACCGUUCAGGACAGCGACCCCACGGAGCCUGCUGGCUGCCAAGGUCCUGUCCACAGCAAUCUGGCUCUCAAUGUUUGCUCUCUCGCUGCCCAACAUGAUUCUAAACAACAAGAAGAAAACGCCCGGGAGCGUAAGGAAGUGUGCUCUCCUGAAAUCAGAGUUUGGCUUAGUCUGGCACGAAAUUGUGAAUUACAUUUGUCAGCUCAUCUUCUGGGUUAACCUAGCAGUCAUAGUGGUGUGUUACAUCCUCAUCAGCAGGGAGCUGUACAAAUCCUACAAAAGGACACGAUGCACAGGGAAGGCAUCCAAAAAGACUGUCAAUCUCAAGGUUUUCAUAAUAAUUGCUGUGUUCUUCAUUUGUUUUGUGCCAUUCCACUUUACCAGGAUCCCCUACACCUUGAGCCAAACGAGAGAUGUGUUUGACUGCUCUGCCCAGAACACCCUGUUCUACCUGAAGGAGACCACGCUGUGGCUGACAUCCCUCAACGCCUGCCUGGAUCCAUUCAUAUACUUUUUCCUUUGCAAAUCGUUUAGGAAAUCCUUGCUAGACAUGCUGUGCCAGCACAGGGCAGUGUCAGGGCUCGGGGCACACACAAAGAACGAGGGGGAUGACACUGAUGAGACACCACUCUAGAUCUCAGUGUGCCACACACCCAGGAGGAGCAUCCAGAACCUCACUGGCUGCUUUAGAAAAGAGUCCUGCAGAUGAAGCACGAGCACCCCGGAACCACUGCCUGCAAAAACAGAAAUCUGGAAUAACAGAGGAGUCCCCUCACCCCCAGCCUCCACCCUUGGCAAAACAGGAGCUCCCCUGACCCCAACCUCCACACCUGCCACAACUGCUGGGAAGAAGUCUGAACUUCAAGGUGGAACUGUGGGGAAAAACUUAAGACAGAAUCAUGAAAUGUAAAGAUUUUGCAGAAAUAGCUAAACUUGGGCCAGAGCAAAGUCCAUGACAACACAGGAUCUGAGAAACGCAGAUAAAAUCCUCAGUAGAUGUGAAUUUUCAAUACAAGGAGUUGUCACUUUGUAUGCAACUGGCAGACAAACAGAAACCUAGGCCAGAUGAAGAGGACCCAUUUGUGCAGAUUUUUGGUAACAGAAUAACACUUUGCUUAUCUCAUUCUGUGCUUGCAAUUCCUAAUCCAUUGACCAAUAAUUAAUAGUUGUAUGUCAGAGGAAAUGAUUUCAUAAUCAGGCUUAUCUUGAUAAGAAUUAAAUCCCCAAAUCCUUCCCCUUACUGCACAAAUAAACAGAACUGUAUGUUUUCA